AGCGUGUGUCAUAGUUAAGUACUCUGUGAGUCUUACGAUUCGAAAUACAUAAUCGUAUAAUAGAUACGAUUUAAAAUAAUAUCAAUUUUCACAUUUUAUAAUCAUACAAGAAAAUACAUAAACAAAAAUAAUUUCUCUGUUCUCUAUUUAGUGAAGGUAAUUAUUUUUCGGUACUCAGUAUGAUGUAUUGAGUGUAUUUUUCAUUUUGUCCGAUGAAAAAAUAAAAGCUGAAAAUGUCAAGUUCUGUAUGCAAUGAUGUAAAGCCAAACUAUUGGUGACUACUGAUGAGGAAUAUUGACUGGUUGUAUGUGAGCUAGUCAAUUUACUUUCAUACACCACUAACUGUAAAAUGGUUGACAAAUUGGACAAAUACAUUGACAGUUACUCCAAAGAAUGGUACCAGGCAUUCCUGCUGUUGCUGAUGGCCGGUACACCAGGCAUAUUUAAUGCUAUACAGAUUUCAUCGUACGUGUUCCUAGUUGACAAGCCUUCGUACUGGUGUGAUAUACCAGUUUUGAAAGCAGCGGGGUGGAAUGACCAAAUGGUCUUAAAUGUUUCUACACCACGUCAAAAUUAUUCAUCUGACAAAAUUGAAGAAUGUUCUUAUUACGACCGAAAUUAUUCAAUAUUUGCUAAAAAUGGAUACAAUUGGUCGAUGAAUAAUUUAGAAACAGCAACUUCUAAACCUUGUCAGUAUUAUAGAUAUAGUAACACAGAAUCUGUUAUACCUGAAUGGGAUUUAGUUUGUGAUAAUGUAGCGAAGAAGUCAAAUAUUCAAGCAGCUAUGGCUUUUGGAAAGUUUGUUGGUGGACUAUUAUUUGGUUCAAUUUCUGAUAUUUAUGGCAGGAAGUUUGCUUUCAAUUUGGCAGCUUUAAUUUAUAUAUUUUCGGGACCAUCUGCUGCCCUGGUGGAUUCAUAUGUAUUAUUUUUAAUUGCAAGAUUCUUAAUAGGUGUUGCUGGAUCUGGAAUUUAUGAAUCAUCGUAUACAAUACUGACUGAGCUGACAAGUGGUAAAACUCGUACAUUGCUUUGUCUAUUAAUGAAUAUGUCGUAUCCAAUUGGUUAUGUUUUGUUAUCAAUUAUUGCUUAUUAUGUACGGCCCUGGAGAAUGUUGCUUUUAGUUUUGUCUUUGCCCAUGUUUGGAUUAUUGAUACAAUGUUGGUUUCUACCAGAAUCUCCAAAAUGGUUGAUGUCUCGAGGUAGAAAAAGACAGGCUUGGGAAGUGAUGACUAAGCUUGUCCCGUCUGCUGUUCAUGCCAACAUAGACAAUGAUAACCAGGAUAUGGUUGAAAUUAGAAAGUCAAAAAAGAGUCAAGGGAAAUGGCAAGAGUUUUUGUCCACUUUUACUACAUUGUUUUCUACUUGGGAUUUAUCUGCCAAGACAAGUAUUUCUUUUUCUUGUGGAUUUGUUUGUGGCUUAUCAUAUUAUGUUAUUGCAUUAAAUGGUGAUAACAUUACUGCUGAUCGUUACAUAUAUGUUGCGUUGAAUGGAGUUGUUGAAGGCUUAGCAUACUUAUCAACUAUUCCAUUAUUACUUUAUAUUGGACGCAAAAAAGCAGUUUCUGGUUUAUUUUUUGCAUCCGGAAUUCUACAGCUUGCAUUGUUGACAAUACCACAAGAAAGUACAAAUCUAUUAUUAUUUGUUGCUUUGCUUGGAAAAUUUUGUGUGAGUGCAGUAUUUUCAGUUAGUUUGCUUUAUAUAUCAGAAUUAUAUCCAACUACAAUAAGAAAUACUGGGCUUGGAACAUCAUUGACUAUUUCUCAAAUAGGAUCUGUUAUUGCACCAUACGUAGUUGAAUUAUUGGGAGCUAAAGCUUGGUACAUUCCAAGUACAGUAUGUGGAAUAUUAGGCAUUUUUGUUUCAACUUUGAUUCUUAUGUUGCCUGAAACCAAGGGAACAGUAUUACCAGAUACCCUAGAAGAUAUGAAACUUACUAAAUCUGUUAAAGUUACUAAUUGUUCAGAUUGUCUUUUCUGAAACUUAAAAUCGCAACUGCCAAAAGUGGCAAUACUUCCAGAGAAUCAUAAGCUAUGACCAUGUCCCACAGAUUAAGUAACUGUUCUGGAAGUAAAUGUCCACUGAAUCCUUUCA